UAUACCAAAUAAAAAUUAAUCUUAUAAAAAAAAAAAAGAACAAAUAAAAUAAAAUAAAAUAAAAUAAAAUGCAUCUCAAAGAAAUGAAAAUAAUUUUCUUUGGCUAAAAGCAAUACGCAGAUUAAGGCUUAAAAUAUCUAAUGAGAUUAGAGGUUCAUAUAGGGCUUCGAUGGGAACGACAUUCGCAAACAUCGAUAUUCCGUAAUUCAAUAAACUAUGUUCUCUCAGUAAGUAAUUCAAUAAACUAAAUUCAAAAAACUAAAUUCAUAGAAAUGCUUCAUUUUCAUUACUUGUAAAGUUUCGGGUAUCCAGCGAUCUGUUUAUCUUGGUUAAAAGAUCUUUUCACCAAUCGUUUUAAAAAUCACACGCAACAAAGAGAAGGAAUUAGAGAAGAAACGUGAAGUUCGAUUCGAAAAAUCGUGAAAAUCGUAAUAGUUAUCGAAAAAUUAUUUCGAUUAAUCGUUCGAUUACGAGUCGCUAACGUCAGAUUUAAAGAUAAAAAAGACGUCAUAUACAUAUACACACACACACAGACACAAUAUAUAUAUUUAUAUAUGUAUGCAUAUAUAUAUAUAUAGUUUUUCUAGGUGAUGAUUAUACCGGGGGGAUGAAAAGAUUUGUCGCAUUGCGAAUGCAAAAAAAGACACGAAGAGAGAAGGGAUUGGAGGGGGGAGCGCGUGGAACGGUGCCGCCCUUGCCGAUUGGUUACGUCACUUCCAGGCGUGAUGGAGUAUCGUGUGUGAUGUGCGUGUGCUGAAAAUGGCCGCGUAUAUCGAGGUCUUCUGAGUUUACUGAUCCACGGCCAAUAGUUUUGCACGCUUAACUUUAUCUAUUAGACGUUAGGGUAAUUUAUAACAAGACCUGUUGUUGGUACAUAUUAAAUGUUCGAAGGAAUGAUUGUCGUGCCUUUUUACAUUAAGGUAUAACAAAUAUUUGCGCGUUUAUAAAGAUAGAUAGAGAGCGAGAGAGCGAGAAAAAGAGAGAGAGAGAAAGAGAGAGAGAGAGAGAGAGAGAGAGAGAUAUCUCAUUCGUGUACAUGGAACUUGUGUUUCCUUGGAUCCUCGACUCGUGAAAGAAGGAAGGUGAGAGACGGAGGACGUAUCGCAUAUUUUCAUCCCACGAACGUGUUUUCCUCUUCUGUUAACUUCUAUGGCCAACCAUAUCAAACCUGCUACAUUUUAAUAAUGGGUUGCAUUUUCAAUAUGGAUAGUUAUGUUAGUUUAUACCAAGGUACUCAUUAAUAAAUGAGUGAAAUUAUAGUUUAUCAAGAUGCGGGAGAGGUCUGUUAUGAUCCCCUGGUAUCCAGUGGGGAUCUAAAUUAAACGACAUAGCAAAAAAAUAAAUUGUUUGCUAUAUUAAUCAAGAUGAAAAUGGAAGUAAAAUCAUAAUGUUCAGUCUUUAAAGAAAUGAAAUCUUUAUGUACUGAGUGAGAAUUAUACUUUCAUGCGAUAUUUGUAUUAAACUUUUUGUGAUCAUAAUAUACAUAAUUUAUGUACCAAGUAUUUGAACUGUGUAUAGACAUAAUGUAAUUAUAGUGCAAGUUAAGUUUAUAUACAAGUGUGUUGAUAAAGAAAGUCAUUAUGUCGUUUUUAUCGAAUUUAAAGAAAGCAUUCCACUUCGGUGGCAAUGAUGCGAAAAAGAAAAAGUUAUAUAAUAAUAUUAAAAUGGAUUGUAACCCGGAAGAAUUCUGGGAAAUGGUUGGUGAACUUGGAGAUGGGGCAUUUGGAAAAGUUUACAAGGCACAACAUAAACAAACUCAUCAAUUGGCUGCUGCAAAAAUGUGUGCAUUGGAAGGAGAAGAUGAUCUUAGCGAUUUCAUGAUUGAAAUCGAUAUUUUGUCCGAAUGUAAACAUCCAAAUGUUGUUGAAUUACAUGAAGCAUACUUUAUAGAAGGCAAAUUGUGGAUGUUGAUUGAAUACUGUGAUGGUGGUGCUGUAGAUUCUAUUAUGGUAGAGUUGGAGAAAGCACUGACAGAACCUCAAAUAUCAUAUGUGUGUCAACAUAUGGUAAAGGGUCUGGCAUUCUUACACAAAUCCAAAGUUAUUCAUAGGGAUUUAAAAGCAGGGAAUGUUUUAUUAACAAUGGCAGGAGGUGUCAAACUUGCUGAUUUUGGGGUUUCUGCAAAAAAUAAGCAUACAUUACAGAAACAUGAUACAUUCAUUGGUACACCAUACUGGAUGGCACCAGAAGUUGUAUUAUGCGAAACAUUUAGAGAUAAUCCUUAUGAUUUCAAAGUGGACAUUUGGUCCCUUGGCAUAACUCUUAUAGAGUUUGCGCAAAUGGAGCCACCAAAUCAUGAAAUGUCUCCAAUGCGUGUGUUACUUAAGAUACAAAAAAGUGAUCCACCAAAGCUUGAUCAACCUGGAAAAUGGAGUAAAGAGUUUAAUGAUUUUAUUGCAAAAGCGCUUAUAAAGGAUCCAACAUCACGACCUACAGCCGACGAAUUGUUAAAACAUCCAUUUAUAAAUCGAAAUUUAGAUUCUAAACCAAUAAGGGAUUUAUUGCUUGAAUAUAAAGCUGAUGUUGUUGAAGAGGAACUUGUUGACGAAGAAGCUGAGAAGGCCAAAAAAGCAAAAAAACACAGAGAACAGUAUCAGCGUAUUGGCUGUGCAUGCGGCUCUCCUGGGCCUCGCCAGCCCCAUCGUCCCUGUACUUGUCAGGAGCAGCGUACAUCUCAGCUUCCUUUGGAAUUGGAACAACUCGGAGAUGACUCUGCAUCUAUGCGCAGUGAUGGCGAUGUUAAAGUUGCCGAGAAAGAAAAUCUUACACCGUUACCUGUAUCCACGAAAAAAGAGGAUAGUCAUAAACGGGAGAUGAAUAGAGAUGGCGAGAAAGAAGAUAGAAGUAAGAAAUUGCGUAAAACUGAAUCUAAAGAAAAUAUGCACGCAUUAAACGAGAAAAAACAGGCACCAAAACCUCCAGCUACAGCUGAAAAUAACGAGCGUAGGAUAUCUAGAGAUAAAGGUCCUGCGCCUCCACCUCCGUCGGUUCGUCAAGAUAACAAAAAUGAUGAAAAAGAGAAUUGUGCCGAUCUGGCAAACAAAUCUAGUGCCAUGGAAUCGUUAGGUCAAAAUAAAGUUAAGGAUGAUAAACAAGAUCGUAAUUUAUUAUCAUCCCAAUCGGUAGGAGUAGAAAUGGAACAGCAAAAACCAAAUACUAAAGAUCAGAUAAAAAUAGGACCCUCAAAUAAGAACGAUGAGUUAGACAACGUAGAUAAAACUAAUGCAACAGAGACUGUUGACAAAGCGCUAUUUGCCUUGAGUAAAUCUAAAAGUAUCGAAGGAAAACAAAAAUUAAUUGACAAUGUAAAUAUAUUAACCAAAAAAUCAAGUAUGGAUGAAAACCGAAAGUCAGCUCCUAUCAAGUCAACUUCAUCGGAUGAAUGGGUAAAACCAGUGUAUAAUAAACAAUCGUCCCUCGAAGAGAAGAAUAGGUUCCAAUCAGAAGCUUCGAUGGAGGAACAACGUAAACAUGAAAAAUAUUUAAUUGAAGAUAAUCUAAAAAAUUUGGAACAAAAACGAAAGUCCGUAGAAGAUAAAUUGAAUGCGGUCUUAGAAAAACGUAUUACCAUGGAUACGCAAAAGAGGAUAAGUACUACGUCGAUUGAAACAUUAAAGCAUACGUCUGACAUAACGAGCGUUACGUUAUCAGAAAAAAAUAGUAUGAAAGCAAGUUCUACGGAGAAUAUUAAAACGGAUUAUGGUCUGAAUAAAGUCGAAAAUAUUUUGACCAGUCAUAGCGAAGGUUCUUCUAGAAAUGAUUCUUUAGAAAACUUUCCCGAUGAUUUUGAAGGUAAACACCAGAGAACAAAAUGGUUAAAUAAGGAACACAGAUCGACAGGAGAUAAUAGAGAGGAUAAUAAAAAUUAUGAGCGUCAAAGUUCUGCCGUUAAUGUAUCUGUAAUAACUUCGACGCCUAUCAGAAGCAGAAGUACAUCUCGAAGGAGUAGUGCAGACAACAUAGUUGUUAUUACUGGUAAACCUCAAAGCGAACAAGAGGUACGUUCCAAUAGAUCAACCGUACGCAUUACAGCCGAUUCUCCAGAUCCAUCUAACAGUCUUGCAAGUAACGUGAGUCAAGUUACCGUUGUUACUACACAUCCUCCAGUGUUAGUAGAUGCAACAGCUACAACUCCUUUACUACGACGUUCCUCUCCUACAUCGGAGGUAGUUAUCGUUGCAAAUGAAACGAAUAAAACUCAAGUUAAUGAAAAUUCAACCGACGAGGACGGUUUCCCUAGUCUGGAUAGUUUGGAAUAUACUCCACAGGAGCAACCUAUUAUUCUUAUGGAUACUUCCAAACGUGUUGGUAAAAAGUUAGACGAGUCUGAAGUUAUUAUCGUCAGUCCUAUUGUUGACGAAUUACAAGAUACUAGUCAUGUCUCUGUUGUUACCGUGGGUGACGAUGGAGAACGAGUGAAAGAUUCGUCGAUAAGUAAUAAACAUAACGUCGUUAGAACUGGUUCUUCCCACAGUAAUUUAAGUUCGAUCGAACAAAUAAGUUCGAAGAGCGAUAGCGGCGAUGAAAUUAGCAAAACGUCAAUGGCAGUUCCAGGAACUACUACUGAAAUAAUGGAUCAUAAUGACGUCGAAAGAAAUUCGAAGAAGAUGAAUGGCAUGAUCAAAAGUGAAAGAUCGAUUGGUCAUCGUAUCGAAGACAGAGUCGUAACAUCGGCGAAACAAAAAGAUGAUUAUGUAAAAAGUUCGAAGGAGAAACGCGUGUCACCGGAUAGUUUUGAAGGAUCAAGGUCACAGAGUGAUUCAGGAUCAACGAGAUCGCAUACACCUAGUAAGAGUAUUGAUCGUUCCGAUGCCGAAUCGAUUUCUACGACGAUAAGUCAAGACAGUCGAGGUUCGAAUAAAGAAAAUCAUUUGUCCCACGUACAGUCUACGGAAGGUGAAGAGGAAGUUGUCCUACGUCGAAAAUCUGAUUAUAAUCGGGAUGUAUCGCGAACACCUAGAACGAAAGAAGAUAUACAAAUGAUGAAUUUGAAGAAGAAAACGAGAAAACGAACUAGGAAAUUUGAAAUCGAUGGUGUUGUUGUUACGACAACAACAUCGAAAGUAAUAUAUGGUGACGAUGAAAAUGGUAAAGUCUAUGACGAUCAAAUAUUCCGGAAACAAGAAUUACGUGAAUUAAAGAUGUUACAAAAGAUGGAACAAAAGCAGUUUCAAGAUCUAUCUCAAAAAUCGCAAUUCAACAAAGAUCAACAAGAGAAACGGUUUGAACAGGAAAGACAAUUGUUGGAACGUGGUGCUGAAGGAGAUUUAGAAACGCUCGCUAGACAACAAAGGCAACAAAUUGAACGCGCAGAAGGUCAACAAGAAGCCGAUCUUAGAUUGGCAUCGAAAAAGAUUCGUAGCGAACAAGAGAGAGAAUUGAAACAAUUCCGUGAAGGUUUGAAACAGGAAUUGCGAUUGCUCAAACAGGAGGUUGAUUUAAUGCCUAAAGAAAAAAGAAAGGGAGCUUUUAAGGUAAGGAAGGAAAAGCUUGAGGCUGAACAUGAGGAUAGAGAAAAGCUUUUCUUAGAAAAACUUAACGAAAGUCAUGAAAUGUCAUUGCGAAGAUUAUCGGAUAGUCAUCGUGAAAAAAUUGCUUUAAUGGAGAGACAGUUUCUACAACAGAAGCAGCAAUUGAUGAGAGCUCGAGAAGCAGCUAUUUGGGAAUUGGAAGAACGACAGAUACACGAAAGACAACAAUUGUUGAAGAGACAGCUCAAGGAUAUUUUCUUCUUGCAGCGACAUCAGAUGUUGAUUAGACAUGAAAAGGAAUUAGAACAAAUGAAAAGAAUGAAUCAGAGGAAGGAAGACGAAUUGAUAAAACGUCAAACGGUAGAGCGUAGGAACUUGCCUAAAAGGAUUCGAAACGAAAUGAAAGCGCGCGAGAUGAUGUUUAGAGAAUCAAUGAGAAUUUCAAUGUCUUCGGCGAUUGCAUCGGAUCCUGAAGCUGAAAGAGAAAAAUUGAAGAAAUUCCAAGAGAAUGAGAAAAAGAGGUAUAGAGCUGAACAGCAACGAUUUGAAUUGAAGCAUUCACGGCAACUCGAAGAAGUUAGAGCUCAGAGUGAUGCUACCAUUAAGGAAUUGGAACAGCUACAAAAUGAAAAGAGAAAAAUGCUAAUGGAGCAUGAGACAUUGAAGUUAAAAGAACAAGAAGAAACAUAUAGUAAAGAGCUUCGGGAGUGGAAGGCACAAUUGAAACCACGAAAACAGAAGAUAGAAGCUGUGCUGGCGGCUGAAAUGGAGGCAUUGGAAACUCGUUACCGAGAUUAUUUGCCCUCUGGUCUUAGUGGUUUCUCUUUACCUUCCUUUAAUUAUUCUGAUAUAUCACUUCCUAACACCUUGCAAAAAUCUUCUCGUUUACCUCGAUCUACUCCAAAUUCUCCAUCUCCGUUUACUAUACCUAGAGUCUCUCUUAGACUUACUGGUUCAGAUACUACUUCCACAAAUGGCACGCUUGUUCGAAGUCGUUCUAAACCAGAUUUAAUGCCAUCUCGUCUGUCCCAUAGAUAGUACUUGCCAACAUCAUAUAUCUCAUACAUUCUUCUUGUUUAUUGAUAAAUUUGGAAAUAUAAAUAUGAUGAAUAUAACUUCGUUUCGUUAAAUUAGAAUUCUUAGUAUGUUUUAUAACAUAAUCCAAAUACACAAGCAAAUGCACAAUAUAUAAUAUAUAGCAUAAAAUAACACAAUAUAAAUAAACAAUAUAGAACAAAGAUAAAGAUAUUUAUAUUUCCAAAUUAAUCUUAUUUCUGUUUUCAACAAUAUAACAUUCCAUGUGCUUCCUUUAUUGCUGUUUUCUUCAUAUUAUACACUUUAUAUGGAGUUGGUACUAAUGAGUAUACUUUAACUUAUGAAAUAGAUAUUGUUUAUAUAUAUAUAUAUCCAUUUAGAAGAUAUGCAUUAAAUAACCAUAUAUUUAUAUUUUGCUGCUAGCUUAUCAUAUAAAUUGUGAUAGAAUACGUUAAUAUAACUGUGGCCAGGCUUACAUAAUAUAUCAAAAUUUUGAAAAAGUAAGUAAAAGAAAAGAGAAUAAGUUUACACAUUAUAAUGACACAGGUACACUUAAGUAUCAUCUAAUGUAAAUUAUGAAUAAAUUCAAUACAAUAUUUAUGAAUAUUUACUGCAGAAAAUAAAAAUAAAUAUUCAAGUAUAUUCAAGUACCAAGAUUGGUAUGUGAUUUACCAUUUCAUUUGAUUAGUUAUUAUGUCAUUGAAAAUGUGCCUUGUAUCAUAGCUUCGCAGUUGUAUUUUCCAUUACAGUUGUAUUAUUAUUAUUAUUAUUAUUAUUAUUAUUAUUAUUAUCAUUAUUAUUAUUAUUAUUAUUAUUAUCAUCGUCCUUUGUCAUAUGAAAACUACAUAUAAAAAGUUCAAUUAAUUUUAUAUUCCAAAGCUUAAAUAUUUAUGUGAAGAAAAUAAUAUGGGUAAAUGUGGUUACUAUUGGUUUCACGCUAUGUUUUGUCAAGUAGUAGAACUAUGUGAUAAAAGCUUUUUUUAAAAGGGUUCUUAUGUGGGUAUCUAAUAGCAAACAUGCUAAUUUGUAAUUGUAGUCCUUGCGCAUAAAUAUUCCCACAAGAACCUUUGUAAAAGAAAAAUAUAAAGAGAUGCCACAGUCGGAUUUCAAAAGCAGUAUUAUAAAAAAUAUUGAAAGAGACUUGAAGAACAAUUUGCUCUUCAAUUAGAAGAGCAGGAAGCAAUUUAUGGACCUAGCGCUAUUCCAUUAUGCUUACCAGCAGAUCUUCCUGAUCUUACACAUCAUACUGCCGGUUCUACACGCAGUUCAUUAUCUUCUGU